CUCCGGUUCUUACGGAAACUACACUAGGUGAAAGAUUUGACGGCCAUUUUCCUGUGUCAGCCACGUUGCUUUAGCAGCCCGUGUAAAAGGAAAGCGUUCUGAUAGCGUUCUACGUGUUAUGCGAAUUUAAAGAUGUCUCGUUUCUAUCAAAGACCUGAAAAUGCUCUUAAGCGAGCAAAUGAAUUUAUUGAAGUGGGUAAGCCAAUUCGGGCUUUGGAUGCCCUUGCGGAAGUUAUCAAGAGCAAGAAAUACCGCUCUACGACUUAUUCCGAGAAAGUUUUGGAACCCAUCAUGAUAAAAUAUUUGGAGCUUUGUGUAGAUCUGAAGAAAGCCUACAUGGCUAAAGAAGGCUUGUUCCAAUAUCGGAAUAUGUGUCAAUCUGUGAAUGUUGCUUCUCUGGAAAAUGUAGUCCGAUUCUAUCUGAAUCUAGCAGAAGAAAAAACAGAAGCUGCACGCCAAGAAUCCCACCAGGCUGUUGUGGAUAUUGAUGAUUUAGAUAAUGUUGCAACUCCAGAAAGUAUUUUGCUGAGCGCUGUCAGUGGAGAAGAUGCACAAGAUAGAUCAGAUCGUGUGAUUUUGACACCUUGGGUCAAGUUUCUGUGGGAAUCAUACCGCCAGUGUUUGGAACUGCUUCGUACUAAUUCAAGAGUUGAAAAGCUUUAUCAUGAUACUGCACAGCAUGCAUUCAAAUUCUGUUUAAAGUAUGCUAGGAAAACCGAGUUUCGCAAGCUUUGUGAGAAUUUAAGAUCACAUCUUGCCCUAAUGGUGAAAGGAACACCAUCGGUGACUGCUGUUAAUUUGAGUAACCCUGAGACUCAACAAAUGAAUUUGGAGACUAGACUCUUGCAGCUUGACUUUGCUAUUCAAAUGGAGUUGUGGCAAGAAGCAUACAAAGCUAUUGAAGAUAUUCAUGGUUUAAUGAUUUUGGCCAAGAAAAUGCCACGCCCUCAGCAAAUGGCCCAAUACUAUCAGAAAAUUGCUCUCGUUUUCGGGAAAUCAGGCAAUCAUCUUUUCCAUGCUGCCGCGCUCUUCCGUCUUUUCCAGCUUUCACGCGACUUGAAAAAAAACAUUACAACUGAGGAGCUUCAGAAACUAGGAUCCCGCGUUCUUGUUGCCACCCUAGCAGUUCCUUUGCCAUCUGCUCAUCCGGAAUUUGAUCGUUUUAUUGAAACGGAGAAAAGCGCACUGGAAAAAACACAGAAAUUAGCGACCCUUCUUCAUUUAAAUCAGCCGCCCACGCGUAAUGGAUUAAUAAAAGAUUUGGUUCGUCUUGGUGUAGUAGCUACAGCAAUGCCCCAGCUACAACAACUGUACCAUUAUCUGGAGGUUGAAUUCGAUCCGUUGCAUUUGUGUAACAAAGUCAAAACAAUUUUAUCGUUCAUGGCUGAAGUGGAAGAAACGUCAUAUUUGAGCCAGUAUAUUCAUGCAUUAGAAGAAAUCACUCUGACCAGACUAGUGAAACAAAUUGCUCAGCUAUAUUCAUCCAUUCGUUUCGAACGUUUGGUACAAUUGGCUCCUUUUGCAUCUCCGUUCGAUCUGGAACGUAUAGUUGUUAAUGCUGUUCGACAUACGGACAUGCAAAUAAGGAUUGAUCAUCGCAACAAUUGCCUUCACUUUGGUACUGAACUAUUUGAAGCCCAACGGGAGGAUUUACCAGAAGGACCAACUCUUCAGGCGAUGCCAUCUGAACAGAUCCGAACUCACCUUAUUUCGAUGUACUGCGUGCUUAGCAAAGCAACAAUUGCUGUAGUUGGUAAUGCCCCUACCAAGGAAGAAAGGCAAAUGAAGGCUCAGAUUGCUGCUCUUUAUCACCAAAAUAAAGUGAGAGACCAUCACCAACUUUUAAGCCGUCAAAAGAUUAUCGAAGACAGAAAGGAAUAUCUAGAAAAACUAAAUACUGAACGAGAGGAAGAAGAAGGUCGACGACAAGAAGAAUUGAUUAGACAACAGUUGUUGGCAGAACAACGCCGUCUAGAGGUUGAGAGACAAGAAAGAGAAAGACUUCGUCAAGAAGCUGAACUCCGCCAAGUUCAAGCAAGGCAUCUCAAGGAGAAAGUUGCGCAAUUUAGCCAGACUGCGAUAGGCCAAAAAGUUAUUAAGAAGAUGGAAGAUGAAGAUAUAUCCAAAUUAGACCCAGACGUGAUAAUGGCACGCCAGCUGGAAGAAUUAGAAAAGGAGAGGAAGGAAUUACAGACCAAGUUAAGGAGUCAGGAAAAAAAAGUUGACUUCUUGGAACGUGCUAAACGGAUUGAAGAAAUUCCUCUGCUUGAAAAAUACCUGGCUGAGCGCAAGGUUCAAGAUAAAUUAGCAUGGAAACAACAGGAAGAAGAGCGAAUUGCCCAACUUCAAGAAGAACGCAAAGUAGCAAUGCUUCACCGCGAUCGUCUGAUGCGGAUGCGAACCGACAAAGAAAAGUUCAUUGAUAACCUGAAAUCAGCGCGAAAGAAUAUAUUUAAAGAAAAAUUAGCAGAAUUUGAAUCAAUGUAUGAUGCUGUGAGAACCGAACGUCUCAAACAACGCAAAGAACAGAGGAGAGAACAACGUCGGAUCCAGUGGGUUAAGGAAAGGGAAGAAGCAGAGCAAAGGAAACGUGACGAAGAAUUGAAGAGGCAAAGAGAAGAAGCAGAACGCAUUGAGCAAGAACGUCGUCAAGCUGAACUUGAAGAACUCCGUAAACGGCGUGAAGCUGCCGACCAAGUCUUGUUGAAGCAAAGAGAACGCGAACGAGAAAUCGAGGAAAAGCAAAAACGACGAGAAGAAGAGGAACGAGAACGAGACCGCGAAGCCCGUGAAAAAGAGAGAGAGCACGCGAAUCCGUCAACGAAAGAGCGUCCUGCCGAAUCUAGUUGGCGAAGAGGCCCUCCCGAAAACGUGGAGAGCCGACAGGCGGAGCCUUACAGACCACCUAAAGAACCUAAAUGGCGCAACAAUCGAAGCGAGAAAUAUUCUUCCCGUCCAGAAUCUGACGAUAUUGAACGCCGCGAUGACAGAGAUCGCCGUGAAGUGGAUGAUCGUCGUGAACCAGAGUAUCGCCGUGAUCGCGAUGAUCGUCGUGAACCAGAGCAUCGCCGUGAUCGCGAUGAUCGUCGUGAACCAGAGCAAUCCAGCUGGAGGACCGCUAAAGACGUAGAACGUCCUCGCGAGCAACGACCUGAACGGGGUGGUCGCGAUUUUGCUGCUCUACGGGAUCCUACAAGAAAGAAUAUCGAAUUGGAUCGUCCAUCUCAAUUUCGCGAUGAGGAAAAAUUCCGUCGCGAUGAUCGGGAGAUUCGCCGUGACGAUCGAGACAUCCGUCGCGAUGAUCGCGAGUUUCGUCGUGAUGAUCGCGAAUUUCGCCGUGAUGAUCGUGAAAUCCGUCGUGAUGACCGGGAGAUACGUCGUGCAGCUCCACCAUCUGCCUCGCGAGAUGGUGAGUCGAACUGGCGAUCUGCCCGUGGCCCCGUAGAACGUCCUACGGAACGAGGAGGGGAUAGAGAGCAAAUGUGUCGUCAACCACGAUCCGAUCGUGAGGACGCCGGCGCUCGUCCUGCACGCUCAGGUGCUGAUCGCGAGGAGCGCGAGCGACCCGACUUUCGUUUGGGUGAUCGGGAACGAGAAAAGCCCAAGAUUGAACGAAAAGAAAUUGACGCCGACGGAUUUACUAAAGUGAGCAGCCGACGGUAAACUUCUCGUGAAAUUUUGAUGUCUUCCUGAGGAACCUUGAAAACAAGAAUACGCAGCAGUUAAUCCAUUUUUUUAUGUUACAUUACAUUAUCCUUUGGAAAAUAGAACUAAUCGUUAGCUUUGCCUCGGUUAUAGCAACAGACAGCUGGUUAUCGAAUACAUAGGUUUCCUCAG